AUGGCUGAGCAAGGCGGCGCGUCUGGCACUGCUACCGGCGGUGCCUCUGGCGACGUCGAACGUGCCGCGCAAGGCCGCGUCUCUACUUCGGAGCGACGUGACUCGAGACGAGUCUCCCGUGUGUCCUACAAGGAGGACUACAGUAACCUCGACGAGUAUGGAAAGCUGGUCAAGUAUGCCUCCACCUACCGGGAGGGGGCCCGCGGCGAAGAAGCGCAGGGUGAAGAGGAAAUGAAGAGGGUGUGGUAUGCACCCUGGAAGAAGCGCAAGGUUUUCGUCAAGCAUGUCGACCAGCAACAGGGCCAAUUCCCGGAGGAAUGGCUCCUCACGGAUAUCCGCCAGGGUCUGCCGGAGAGUGAGAUUCCUGUCCGUCGUCGACGAUCCGGCUGGAACGAGCUGGUAUCCGAGAAGGAGAACCCCAUUGCCAAAGUCCUGUCGUACUUCAGAGGCCCUAUUCUCUAUGUGAUGGAGUUGGCCGUUCUUCUGGCCGCAGGUCUCGAUGAUUGGAUUGACUUUGGUGUCAUCAUCGGUAUUUUGUGUCUAAACGCUGCGGUCGGUUGGUACCAAGAAAAACAAGCUGCCGACGUCGUUGCGAGUCUCAAGGGUGAUAUUGCGAUGAGAGCGAUCGUCAUCCGCGACGGUCAGCAACAAGAGAUCCUAGCGCGAGAGCUUGUGCCUGGCGAUGUGAUUAUCAUUGGAGAAGGUUCGGUGGUCCCUGCCGACUCCAAGGUCAUCUGCGAUGUCAAUGACUCCAAUGGAUGGGAGGAGUUCAAACGGAUGCAGGAGCAAGGUGACUUAAGCAGUACCUCCGAGUCUGAUCUCGAAGACAACGAACCUGGCGAACAUCAGAAGGAGGGCGAGGAGAAGGAAGAAGAAUCCAAGCCCCGACGACGAGGGUACCCAAUUCUUGCUUGUGACCAUUCCGCCAUUACCGGCGAGUCGCUCGCGGUUGACCGCUAUAUGGGUGGAAUGAUUUACUAUACGACUGGCUGCAAACGUGGUAAGGCCUAUGCAGUGGUGCAGACCGGCGCGAAGAACUCCUUCGUGGGGAAGACCGCGACCAUGGUGCAGUCGGCCAAAGGGGCUGGUCAUUUCGAAAUCGUGAUGGACAACAUUGGUACUUCUCUUUUGAUCCUUGUGAUGGCAUGGAUCUUGGCUGCUUGGAUUGGCGGAUUCUACCGACAUAUCCCGAUCGCUUCGCCGGGCCAGCAGACGCUCCUUCAUUACACCCUGGCUUUGCUGAUCAUUGGUGUUCCUGUCGGUCUGCCGGUCGUGACCACCACCACGAUGGCGGUGGGAGCCGCAUACCUGGCCAAGAAAAAGGCCAUUGUGCAGAAGCUGACUGCAAUUGAAUCAUUGGCGGGUGUUGAUAUCUUAUGUUCGGAUAAGACGGGCACCUUGACGGCCAACAAACUGAGCAUCCGCGAGCCGUAUGUCGCCGAAGGCGUGGAUGUGGAUUGGAUGUUUGCCGUGGCCGUCCUGGCUUCUUCCCACAACAUUGACUCGCUUGAUCCGAUUGAUAAAGUCACGAUUCUCACCCUCCGACAAUACCCCCGAGCAAGGGAAAUCCUCCGGAGGGGUUGGAAGACCGAGAAAUUUGUUCCCUUUGACCCCGUGUCCAAGCGUAUCGUGACGAUUGCCAGCUGCGAUGGGACCAGAUAUACUUGCACCAAGGGCGCGCCGAAAGCUGUGCUCCAGCUGACGAACUGUUCCAAGAGUACGGCCGACCACUAUAAGACCAAAGCCCAGGAGUUCGCCCACCGAGGUUUCCGCUCCUUGGGUGUCGCGGUUCAAAAAGAAGGCGAAGACUGGACUCUCCUUGGAAUGCUCCCCAUGUUCGAUCCCCCGCGAGAGGAUACGGCCCAGACGAUCAACGAAGCUCAGAAUCUGGGCAUUAGUGUCAAGAUGCUUACAGGUGACGCAAUUGCCAUCGCGAAAGAAACCUGCAAAAUGCUUGCACUCGGUACCAAAGUGUACAACUCCGACAAGCUAAUCCAUGGCGGCCUCAGUGGAGCCAUGGCAGGUGAUCUCGUUGAAAAGGCAGACGGAUUCGCCGAGGUGUUCCCUGAACAUAAAUAUCAAGUGGUGCAGAUGCUUCAGGACCGUGGUCAUCUGACUGCGAUGACAGGUGACGGUGUUAAUGAUGCGCCAUCCUUGAAGAAAGCCGACUGCGGUAUCGCGGUUGAAGGAGCUUCAGAAGCGGCUCAGUCCGCUUCUGAUAUCGUGUUCUUGGAGCCUGGAUUGUCUACGAUUAUUGAUUCUAUUAAGGUUGCUCGGCAGAUUUUCCACCGCAUGAAGGCAUAUAUCCAGUAUCGUAUCGCCCUUUGCUUGCACUUGGAGAUUUACCUGGUGACGUCCAUGAUUAUUCUCAACGAGAGCAUUCGCGUCGAGUUGAUCGUCUUCCUCGCUCUGUUUGCGGAUCUGGCCACUGUGGCGGUAGCCUACGACAAUGCGUCUUUUGACCUGCGACCGGUUGAAUGGCAACUGCCAAAGAUCUGGUUCAUUUCAGUUCUGUUGGGUCUGCUGCUGGCACUGGGCACCUGGGUCGUUCGUGGUACCAUGUUCCUUCCAUCCGGUGGUAUCAUUCAAAACUGGGGUUCUAUUCAGGAAGUGCUGUUCCUGGAAGUGGCAUUGACCGAGAACUGGCUGAUCUUCGUCACCCGCGGUGCUGAUACCUGGCCAUCCAUUCACCUGGUCACGGCCAUUCUGGGCGUGGAUAUCCUGGCCACCAUCUUCUGCCUGUUCGGUUGGUUCACCAACGAGAACAUGCGCACGAACCCGGGCGACUCGUUCGUCGAGACCACGAACGGCUGGACGGAUAUUGUCACGGUGGUCCGCAUCUGGGGCUUCUCACUGGGCGUAGAAAUCGUCAUCGCCCUGGUAUAUUUUAUGCUCAACAAGUUCCGCUGGCUCGACGACCUCGGCCGCGCCAAGCGUGACAAGGGCGAUCUCAAGAUCGAAAACUUACUCGGCCACCUUGCUCGGUUAACCGUGGAAUACGAGGAGCCUGGGAAGCCCAAGGGCCGCUUCUUCCUGGCCACCAGCAAGGAAGAGGAAGAAGUGGAGUAA